AUGGUGAAGAAUCUGGUGUCGACGACGACGGAUUCGUCGUCGUUCGACUGGAAUAAAGUGUGGUUCUCGGAGGAGACGAUCGUCGAAGCACGUCAAACACUCGUCGAGGCACUCUACAUUGCAUUGAGUCCAGGUACCGAUCCUUAGGUUCCGGAGGACUCAAGAAGGCGUGUGGGAGAUGUGAACUAUAGAUUUACAAGAAACACCCAUACGCAUACUAGCCGAGAGAAACUAUCAAAACCAAUUAACAGUGUUUGAAACUGAAAUUUUUACUGCGAUACUUUCUCUCUCCCACCAAUGAAUACAAAUUCUGCAAAUUUGUUUCGGUCUCGUGUUAUUGGCAGACCGUAGUCCUCUUCUGUCAAUUAUUUUAAUCAACGUAUUAUUGUGACCGUCGAGUUCCGUUAACGCAACGCUCUAUUGUUUGUGCCAUUGGUGAUACAGUAAAGUUAACAAACUUGAAAAACGAUGUUGUUCUUAUGAUCCAUUUCCCGAUCUAGAAUCCUCUUCCAGGUUCCGUGCCCUCUGCGUGCGUGUUCGUCUUCGACUGCUUCCUAACUAUCGUGCACUUCGUCGUCUCCAGCUACAUCCUCGACGAUUUCACGACCACCUUCCUCGGGACCGUCUAUUCGCCGUGCACUUUUCUCAAGAUCAUCUACAUUGCCGAGUGCUUCAGUUCUGCGACAUGGUUCGUUGAAUGUAUAUGAAUGCUUUAAAAUGUCCAUUCAGGAUCAGUGACCUGAGCGACACCAUCACUCAAAUCUUCAACAUGACCAUCAUUCUCUCGUGCGUCGCCUACAAUUUCAUGUGUCUUUUCGUCGCCAACUACCGCAAAAACAUUCCGUUACCCGUGUGCCGAACCGUUUUCGGCCCGAUCCUUGUCUUCUGCUCCCUCCUGGUCAUUGUUCCCAAACUGGUAGGUCCAGUCCUUCUGGCUUCCCACUGAUCCCAUUCAAAUAGGUCCUGUACCAAAGCAUCGACAACUUCUUCCAAUUCACCACCCAACUCUCCGGUUCGCUCUGUCUUCUCGCUCAAAUUGCUCGCAAUCUCUACACGUUUGUGUGCAAAAAAGUCGAUUCGAAGGCGGAAAAGCGGGAAUUGCGGGCCGACGACGAGGCGGAGGCGGCGAACGAUGUGGUCCGGAAUGCGAACGGACGGCUCGUCUGGGCCAGCUGGUUCUCGUUCAUUCUCGUCAUUCUCGCAAUUCCGCAGAUUGGUGAGUUUGCAUCAGGGGUGUGCGGAAAAUAUUUCGAUUUUCCGAAAUUUUCCGAUUUUCCGAAAAUGUUCGGCAAAAUUUUCGGAAAAUUAGUGUGGAUUCAGGGUCAAUUUGUCCGAAACCACCGUAUGCUUUUUAAAGGCGCAUCACAAAAUUUUUGGAAGGGUCUAGCAGCGAGCGUCUUAUUUCCGAAAAUUUCUCGGAAAAUCGAAAUAUUUUCCGCACACCCCUGAUUCUCACUGACAAUCGGAAAACACUGGACCCGGAGAGCUUCUCUCGGCUAAUUUUUUUACAAAAAAAUAUUCCAUUGCUUGGCUUCCGCCCACUCAAGUGAUUUCAAAUCAUAAUAAGCAUUUUUUGUAUUAGAACGUUGUUUAAACACUUUAUUGAACCAAUGAACAAGUGAGUUUUCCGAUUUUUCCGAUUUUUCCGAAAUUUUCCGAAAAAAAAAAUUCGGAAAAACCGAUUUUCCGAAAUUUUCCGAAAAAAAUUUUCCGCACACCCCUGAGUUUGUAUCAUCAUCGGGUGAGCAACAAAGAAUGGAGACUUUUCCUGUUGAAAGAGCCCUGAAACCGAUUUUUUUUUUGAAACUAGGCGCUUCAUUGAGUUUUGCAACAAAACUGUCUUGUUUUCAGUGGACUACUACGUUCCCCUGACCACUUCCUGGCUUCCCUAUCACUUUUUGAGCCAAUCUCUCGCCCAACUCAACGCGCUCCUCCUCUCCGUCACUGUUUUCCUGGUUCUACCCACUUAUCGGUAGCAUUUACCCUUUUUGUGUUCACUUGUGUUAUGUUUCCUUUUCAGAUCAGUGAUAUUCAGUUGCUGUGCGAACUACAAUCGUAUCAUCAAAGUGGAAGAGAUAAAAAUCGAGAAAGAGACCGGAAUUCCGCAAACUUCGACUAAAUCGCUGGAAAAAGAGGCGGAAGCGCUCGCGAACCAUCUUCCGACGCCGCCGAUGAUCCCCCACUUCCGCCACGUGGCAAUUCCGCACCGAAUUCCGAUUCCGAUCCAUCCGUACCCGAGCAUUCCCUGCCCGAACGGCCAAAUUCGCAUUUUCGUGGCCCCCUCUCCGAUUUCUCCGGCCACACAGAAAUAUUGA